AUGUCGGCGCUACAGCAGUACCUGCAGCGGCUGCGCAGCGCCUACGUCGCCACUGAUCCCGACGCCGUCCUCGCUGGUUUCCGCAUCGACCCGCCCACCUUCCACGCCCUCAAGGCCCAUCUGACGGCAACCCCUUCGCAGGAUCUCACAGCCGUGGUCCUCUCCCAGAUCCCCUUGGCCUCAUCUCCAUUUGACUCGGAGAGGUUCCAGACGCUGGUCGCAGAAUACCUCUCAUUCAUUCGUGACCACCAGCAUAUAUCGAACGUCAUCUCUCCGUUCAGUUCGCCCUUUGCCCCGGCCUCGUCCCAAGCAUCCCCUCGCCUAGAAGAUGUCUACGAUGCAUGGGCGCUCGUGUACUCACGCGCCUCGACCUUCUUCUCGCUUCCGGAUACGACGUGGUUCAUCCCCACGCUGAGGUACCUCGCCGCCAGCCUCGUCUCUCUGGCCAUGACAGUCGACCAGCGCAUGGGUCUCGCCAAAAAGCCAAAGACGACCGACGCCGCGGGCAGGCUGUCAAAGUCGGCGGGCAUGGCGGGAAACGACCGCUCCCAGGCCCGCGGCUCCGAGACAAAGCGCGCGGCCGUACUGAUGCUCGCCAACCUCAGCUUCAAGGCAUACUUCAAGCUCAACAACACGAGGCUGUGCGAGACCGUACUGGGAAGCGUCGAGAAUGCGCUCAAGCUCAAUCGCAGCUUUCCCGGAUCCGCAACAAGGCAGCGCGACGAUACAGGCGAAGCCUGCUACUCUCGAGCCGAUCGUGUGACGUAUCGAUACUACCUCGGUCGCCUCAGGCUCUUCCAGCACAGCAUCAAGGCCGCCGCCACCCAUCUGCGGUGGGCGUUCGACAACUGCCCCAACCAGCACCUCAAAAACAAACGCCUCAUCUUGAUACCCCUGAUCAGCACCUAUCUGAUCCUCGGACGAUACCCCGACGAGACGCUGCUCUCGAUCUCGUCGCUUACGCCGCAGUUCUCCGCGCUCGUCAGGAACCUGCGCCUCGGGAACGGCGCCGGUGUCAACCAGGAGCUCGACCGGCACAUGGACUGGUUCCGUGUCCACGGCCUGUAUCUGAUCCUCAAGGAAAAGCUGCCCAUCAGCGUAUGGCGGAAUCUGGCAAGAAGAUGCCUGGUCAUCUCUCGCAGUGCCGCCCCGCCGUCCGCGGCGCCGCCGACGCUCGGGUUGGCGCAGCUGCAUCAAGUUGCUCGGCUCGCGUGGCAGGAGCCGGAGCUCGAGGUGGAGGAUGUCGAGGCCAUCCUGACCAGUCUCGUCGACCAGGGCUUCGUCAAGGGCUACAUCCUGCAUUCCAAGAACAUGCUCGUGCUCCAAAAGGGACCACAUCUCGGCUUUCCGCCCAUCUGGAGCGUGUUCGAGGGGAGAUGA